AUGCAAAAAGUAUUAGAAUAUUUAUGUAAAGCAUCCAAUGAUAAUUUACAUCAUGAUGAUCGUGAACAAUCUUUAUUAGAUGUUAUACAGGCAGCUGGUUUACAUUCAUUUGAUUUAAAACGUUUACUAGAAUUAUGUCGUCAUGCUCAUUUUUGGCGUGUUUGUGAAAUAAUUUAUGCUGAAAAAAAUGAUUAUGAUUUAAUUAUAGAAUGUUAUGCUAAUGAUCAAAAACGUAUUACAAAUAUAUUUCGUUAUAUUAAAUCAUUAUGGCCAGCAUUAAACGAAACAGAUCGUAUUAAAAUAUAUAAUAAAUUAAUUGAAUAUUUAUCACCAAUUAUUUUAGCCGAUUCAUUUAAAGCAUGUAAACUAUUUUGUGUCUAUUUACAAAUUGAUCUUGGAAAAUUAUUACGUUUACUAAAUGAUAAUGAACAGGCACAAUAUGCUCUACUAAAAAGUUGUUUUGAUUAUAAUGAUGUGAAAACCACACAUUCAUUGGUACCAAUUGAACAAACAUAUGUUCUUCAAUAUAUUGAAUUAUUAUGUAAAUAUGAUUCAACAAAUGUUUCAACUUUUCUAAGAAAAAAAUCGGAUAAUUAUCAUAAACAAGAUGCAUUACAAAUUGUUCGAAAAUAUUCUAAUGUUUCUUCCAUUAUUUAUCUUUUAGAAAAAUUAGGUGAAUAUUCGGAAACAUUUGAAUUAUAUUUAAAACAAAUUCAUGAAUGUUGUAUAAAAUUUAUUCAUGAAAAAACAAUUACAACUGAUCAAUUAUCAUCAGUUAUAUCACAAUUACAUUUUUAUUCAUUAGAUUGUGUUCAUUUUUGUCAACGAAAUGGAUCUAAAUUAGAAAAAAAUGAACGUGAACGAAUGUGGUUAAAAUUUUUAGAUAAAAUAUUAGAAUUAUCGAGUUUAAAUGAAAAUAUUAUUAGUGAAUUAAAUCAAGAAACAGUGACUAUUUAUAAAAAUGCUUUUCGACGCAUUUAUGGUGAAAUAUUGAACAGUAUGAUUGGUUAUGUUACACUCCCAGCAAUAUUAGAACGAAUAAUGCAAAAUGAUUCAAAUCAACCCUCAAAUAGUACUACAUUAAGACGUUUUACAGAUGGUCGAAGUACAUUUGAAAUUCGUCAAUUAAUACAAAGUAUGAUGGAAAAUUGUUCAUUUGAAACGCGUCUAUUGGAAACAACAAAUCGUCUUUUAAAACGUGAUUUAUAUGAUGAUGUUAAUCAAAUGAAUUCAAUAUUAAAUAAAAGUGUAUCAGUUCGUGUACAAACAUGUUGUUAUUGUCAAAAAACAUUCUAUGAUAAUAAAAAAAAAAUUGUAAUAUUUGCUUGUGGACAUAUAUUCCAUACAAGUUGUUUAAUCGAAAUUAAAAAUGAAUGGAAAAAAUAUCAUUCUACCAUUUCAACAACAACUAGUAGUAAAUCAAUUAAUAUAUUUGAUCAUUGUCCAGAAUGUUCAACAACAACAACAACAACAACAGCAUCUACAACAAAUUCAUUACAACCUACAACAACUUCUUCUUCUCAACGUCGUUUAACACGUAUAGCUGCCGUAGAUUCUUUUGCAGCAUUAAAUACAGGAAAUGGAAAUGAAAAAGAAACAAUAUUAAACAUACAACAACAAGUGAUUGAUACAAUGCUCGAACGAAAACGAUUGAAUGUUCGUCAAUUACUAGUGAGCGAUGAGAAUAACAAUGACAACGAUCCCGCUAAUAAAUCAUAUUCAUUAAUAACAAAUACUUUUUUUCCACAAGAACAUCUAAGAAAAACUACAAUGGAUUUAAUACCCGAUAAAUGGAGAGAAUAUCUAUCAGAGACGAAAAAUUAA